GAGGACAGAAGGCCAAGCGGCGUAGUCGGGCGUCUCAGGGUCGCGGGCACCAUCAGUGGUAGAAUGGGAGGGGGGAAAGCCGGCGAGGGGAAGUGUGGGCGGCGGGGCGGGAGGGCCCUCGAUCCAGGCACCAGGCACAGACACCAAAAGGCACAGACACGCUGGCUCUCACUGCUCAGCACGCUCAGGCACAAGGCACACUCAGGCACACGCAGGCACCAGGCACCACACGGCACCGCGCAGCUGCACAGGCCAGGCAAUGGAAGGCCCAAGGAAUGGAAGCGCCGACGCAUGGCCGGGGGAACAAAGGCAUGCUUCUUGUGCAGCGCACCUCCCACGUGGCGCACGCUGCUGCAGAACCAUGGUAUGGCCGCGACUUGGCAACGGCAAUCUCGACCACAGUUUUUUCGUCUUUUUUUUUUUCUUUUCUGUUGGACAGAGUUUUCCGGGGCGCGACGGGGGAGUACGGGGAGCACGGGGAGCACGGAGACGCCGGCCCAUUUUGGCGCGUCACGUGCAGGCGCUAAGUGUGGAGCCGGUGUCACGUGAGCGGGCGGUACCUGACUAUCGCGAUUCGCGCACCCAAUGGGCUGGGCGGCUGCUCCUUCCGCUUGCGCCGAUGCAGCCCGCCAGCCUUGCCGGCCAUUCUGGAAGGGAGACGACGCCAGCCGCGCGCCGUGAAGAAGCGCGCGCCCUCACUCUCCUCAACUGCACCCUGCGGCAUCCUGCCCGCCCGGCUCUCGUGUCAUGUCUCGCCGUCUGCCAUCUGUCAGCUGCGGUGUGCCAACCUGCAGCCCUCAGGCAGCGGCACCAGCAUGGGCACCAGCAGCAGCAGCGGCAGCAGUCAGCCCCCAGCUGCCACCUCUCAGGCCGCCGUGCAACAACACAUACUUACUACAAUAGGUGCCUGAACAUCAUCUGGCGAUGUGCAGCGCCGUCGGAUCAGCCAGCAUCUCCUGCCGCCGCUAGGGCGACCCGCCAGCCACUUCGGUCGGUCGAACCCAUUCGAUGCGCUAACAUUGGCCGCCGCUGAGCCCUUGCCAUCUACCCACCACGCCUCCUUUUCCUCCCAUUCGCUGCGCAUCCUCGUCGCGCCGCGUGUUUGCCCACUUCGCAGCCGGCUUGAGGGAUUCGUCAUCUCCAUCCACUGAGUCCAGGCCGCCGCCAUGGUCCCUCCCGCUGUUCACCUUGCCUCUCCUUAAUUAGCCGCUCGCAUCUCUGGUUGUUAUUUCUA